CCCCGGGAGGGGGCGCAGAGUGCUCGGCGGGCGGCGGCGGCCGGUGAGGCCCGGGAGGCCGCGGCGCGGUCACUGCGAGCCGAGCCGAGCCGCGCCGAUCGCCAUCCGGCCCCGGCUCCCUCGAGCAAUCCCGGCCGGUGGCGCGGCCCGGCGGGCCCGGCGGCGCCGCAGCCCAUGGAGCUCGAGAACAUCGUAGCGAACACGGUGCUACUCAAGGCCCGGGAAGGUGGUGGCGGGAAUCGCAAAGGCAAAAGCAAGAAAUGGCGUCAGAUGCUGCAGUUCCCUCAUAUCAGCCAGUGCGAAGAGCUGCGGCUCAGCCUUGAGCGUGACUACCACAGCCUGUGCGAGCGGCAGCCCAUCGGGCGCCUGCUGUUCCGAGAGUUCUGCACCACGAGGCCCGAGCUGACCCGCUGCAUUGCCUUCCUGGACGGGGUGGCUGAGUAUGAAGUGACCCCUGAUGAGAAGCGGAAGGAGUGUGGGCGGCGGCUAAUGCAGAAUUUUCUGAGCCACACGGGUCCCGACCUCAUCCCUGAGGUCCCCCGGCAACUGGUGACUAACUGUGCCCAGCGGCUGGAGCAGGGGCCCUGCAAAGACCUCUUCCAGGAGCUCACCCGGCUGACCCACGAGUACCUGAGUGUGGCCCCUUUUGCCGACUACCUCGACAGCAUCUACUUCAACCGUUUCCUGCAGUGGAAGUGGCUAGAAAGGCAGCCAGUGACCAAAAACACCUUCAGGCAGUACCGAGUCCUGGGCAAAGGUGGCUUUGGGGAGGUGUGUGCCUGCCAGGUGCGGGCAACAGGCAAGAUGUACGCCUGCAAGAAGCUGGAGAAGAAGCGGAUCAAGAAGCGGAAAGGGGAGGCCAUGGCCCUCAAUGAGAAGCAGAUCCUGGAGAAAGUGAACAGUAGCCCCGCCACCAGGUGGCCCACGGCCCCUGCUUCAGGGCUCGGGCCCUCUUGGUCACAGGUGAGCUUGGCCUACGCCUAUGAGACCAAGGACGCGCUGUGCCUGGUGCUGACGCUGAUGAACGGAGGCGACCUCAAGUUCCACAUCUACCACAUGGGCCAGGCUGGCUUCCCCGAGGCUCGGGCCGUCUUCUACGCGGCGGAGAUCUGCUGUGGUCUGGAGGACCUGCACCGGGAACGCAUCGUGUACAGGGACCUAAAGCCAGAGAACAUCCUACUAGAUGACCACGGUCACAUACGCAUCUCCGACCUGGGGCUGGCUGUGCAUGUACCUGAGGGCCAGACGAUCAAAGGCCGUGUGGGCACUGUGGGCUACAUGGCCCCAGAGGUGGUGAAGAACGAACGGUACACAUUCAGCCCGGACUGGUGGGCGCUAGGCUGCCUCCUGUACGAGAUGAUCGCAGGCCAGUCACCCUUCCAGCAGAGAAAAAAGAAGAUCAAGCGGGAGGAGGUGGAGCGGCUGGUAAAGGAGGUGCCCGAGGAGUACCCCGAGCACUUUUCCCCGCAGGCCCGCUCACUCUGUUCCCAGCUCCUCUGCAAGGACCCUGCCGAGCGCCUGGGGUGUGGGGGGGCCGGUGCCCGCGAGGUGAAGGAGCACCCCCUCUUCAAGAAGCUGAACUUCAAGCGGUUGGGAGCCGGCAUGCUAGAACCACCCUUCAAGCCUGAUCCCCAGGCCAUUUACUGCAAGGACGUUCUGGACAUCGAACAGUUCUCCACAGUUAAGGGUGUAGAGCUGGAGGCCACUGACCAGGACUUCUACCAGAAAUUUGCCACGGGCAGUGUGUCCAUCCCCUGGCAGAACGAGAUGGUGGAGACCGAGUGCUUCCAGGAGCUGAAUGUCUUCGGGCUGGAUGGCUCGGUUCCCCCAGACCUGGACUGGAAGGGCCAGCCGCCUGCACCCCCAAAGAAGGGACUGCUGCAGAGGCUCUUCAGUCGCCAGGACUGCUGUGGGAACUGCAGCGACAGUGAGGAAGAGCUUCCCGCCCGCCUCGAGCUCCCCACCCGCCUCUAGCCCCCAGCCUGAGGCCCCGCUGGGCGGUUGGCGGUAGCAGCUACUCCGAGCGCUGUUUACAGUUUUGCACAGUGGUCUUCCCCAUUGUCCACUCAAGUUGUGGCCUGGGGAACACAGCCGGAGCUGUCCCCAGUGCCCUCUGCCCCUCAGCCCCUGGUCUGGCUGAGUUUGGCAAGGCCUGGACUGUCCCUGGGACAAAGGUGCAUCCCUUCAGCUCUUGUCUGUGGAGCUCGGGGCUUUCUGUAUUUAUGUCUUUGUACGAAUGUAUAUAGCAACCAGAGCGUUCUUAAGACCCACCCUGGAGCCGGCACAGGGGCUGCUGCCACACUCCAGGCACCUCAGGCCCAGCUCAGAUGGGCGAGGUUGGGCCAGGCCAGGCCCCUGGGCCCCCAGCACUGUGCUUGCCACCGCCGACCUCCGAGUGAGACUCGUGCCUGCCUCUGCCGCCCUGGGCUUAGGCCGCCACCUCUGGGGCCCAAUACUGUCCCUUCUCAGCACUUGUCAGAGCUGGAUCUGGGACCUCUGUGUCCCCUAGGCCUGUGCCAAAGUGUGACCAGAGAUUGGGCUGACCCUGGGACCCCUCAGUCCACUGCCCAGGCUGUCCCAGAUGGGUCUGCCUCUGCCUUCCAGCUCCCAGGUCACCUCGUCCCUUGUGCUGGGCCCUGUCCUGAAGACACCUCGUGCAGAAACACCCCAGCCCAGGCCAGGGGAAGGGUAGGGGUGGGGGUGUCCCUGGCCAACCGUCAAACAUUCCAGACUGCCCUCAUAACAGACACAUGUGCCCAGCAAUAAUCCACCCCUCCCUGUGUGUGCCUGUGGGGUGUGUGUGUGUGUGUGUGUGUGUGAAGGGGGCAGGCGAGGCUGUGGGCCUGCGCCCCAGGCCCCAGCCCUGGCCCUUCCCGGACUGUGAUGACCACCCUGGUCCCAGUGUCAGGGUAGCGUGGGAUUACAGGCUCCCAGUUUUUCCAUAUUUAAAGCCAAUUUUUAUUACCCAUUUUGUCCAAUAUAAGCUGCCACAUGUCUCUGUGUGAAUACAGUCCGAGCACAAACCUG